UUAAUUCUUUCAGACAGAAAGGAAGAAAAAAAAAAAAGCGAGAGGAAAAAGAAAAAUAUCAAUCAUGGCUGAUAACCAGCGAAUUCAUCCGGUCGACGUCGAGUCGCAGCAGCGGCAGCAGCAGCAGCGCGCGUCGGCGCCGCUCGUGCCGCGCGAAUCGUCGCGAUCGGAAAAAGGCGAUCCUGCAGAACUCCAACCUCCGCCGGCGCCGCUCCGUCGCACUCUCCCAGUCGUCUUCUCCCCUCCCCCGAAGCGCCGGCGCAGCGGCAGGAGCUGCUGCUGCAGGUGCAUCUGCUGGACCGUCGCCGUCGUCGUAAUCCUCGUCCUCCUCAUCGCCGCGACGCUCGCCGCGCUGUACUUCAUCUUCGACCCGAAGCUCCCGAAGUACUCCGUCGACCGCCUGUCGAUCACCGCCUUCUCCGUCGACGCCAGUCUGACCGCGCGCGCCAGCUUCGACGUGACGGUGACGGCGGAGAAUCCGAACAAGGCGAUCGGGAUUUACUACGACAGCGGGUCGCGGCUCGGGGUGUAUUACUCGGGGUACAGCCUGUCGGAGGGGUCGUGGCCGGCGUUCUACCAGGGGCACGAGAACACGACGGUGGUGGCGGUGGCGAUGAGCGGGCAGGCGCAGCUCGGCAGCGCGGAGAUGGGCGCGCUGCAGCAGCAGCAGCAGACGGGCGCCGUGCCCAUCGACUUCCGCGGGGACGUGCCCGUCAGCCUGAAGCUCGGCGGGCUGAGGCUGUGGAAGGUCACGUCGCGAGUCCGCUGCAGUUUGGUCGUCGAUAGCCUCACGGCCAGCAGCCAGAUCAGGAUCAAGAGCAGCAGCUGCAAGUUUAGAUUGAAAGUAUGAGAUGGUUUACUACGAUGAUUUAUGUGUUUAUUAUUAUUAUUAUUAUUAUUAUUAUUAUUAUUUUUUAGUAUACGUAGGAGUUUUUUGAGAUGGGGCUGUUUACUUGUUGUUAUGCGGUUGUAGUGCACAUCGAUCGGAUGCUGUGUAUUGUAGGUACUGUUAUUAUGCGUAUAAUAGUUGAUAUUAUUAUUAUUAUUAUUA